GGAUCUUCGCGCGGAGGACACCCCGACAAAGAGCUAGGCCCGAAGUCCUGUGGAGACCUGGGGGGCGUCGGAGACGAGGGCCUGGCGGCAGCAGGAACCACACAACAACGGGGCCCCGGCCCGGGGGCUGCUGGAACAUGUGCCGGGGGCUCCAGUUUCUCUGACAGGUGCCAGACUAUGUUCGCAGUCCUGAUUCUUCUCAGCCACCUGCCCGCGGUUACCAUCGCGUUUCCUCAUUGCACAAGAAGCCUUCAGGAUUCCGGGCACGCCAGAGCAGAAGUCUUUACAUCAAAAGAAGCAGCAAACGUUUUCAUCCGCCGGCGCCUCCUGUAUAACAGAUUUGACUUGGAGCUCUUCACUCCCGGAGACCUAGAAAGGGAGUGCAACGAAGAACUUUGUAAUUAUGAGGAAGCCAGAGAGAUUUUUGUGGACGAAGAUAAAACGAUGACAUUUUGGCAGGAAUAUUCAAUUAAAGGACCAUCCACAAAAUCAGAUAACAGAGAGAAAAUCGAUGUUAUGGGGCUUCUGACUGGAUUAAUUGCUGCUGGAGUAUUUUUAGUUAUUUUUGGACUACUUGGUUACUAUCUUUGUAUUACUAAGUGUAAUAAGGAACAAUAUCCAGGUUCUUCAGCCGUCUACGUAAGGAGGAGCAGGCACGCUCCCUCCAUCAUUUUCAGAAGACCCGAGGAGGCUGCCUUAUCUCCAUCGCCAUCUUCUGCCGAGGACACAGGAUUACCUUCUUACGAACAGGCGGUGGCACUGACCAGAAAGCAGAACGUUUCACCACCGCCACCAUAUCCUGGGUCACCAAAGGCUUUUAGGGUUUUUAAAAAGUCUGUGUCACUUCCAUCUCACUAAGCUCACCUUGCCAUCUUGGUAGAAGAAACCCAUGGUAUUUGAAUGGUUUGUUCUCCCUGAACCAAAAUAAAUAAAUAAAUAAAUAAGCAACAGCAAGGAAUAAAGGAGACAUCAGCUAUGUACUACACUAAAGUUCUGUCUGCAUCUUGGACCUGAACUUAAUCAUUAUCAGCUUUGAUAAAAGACUUUGAUGCCAUAUUCUUGCAGUUCAGAAGAAAGCACUUUUUUGUAUUGUUUAUCUUAAUGGUUCAGAAAAAUCUUUGUGAUAGCAUAGUUAGAAUUUGUGAACUCUUAGUAUCUUUUGUACAGAAAAAUAUUAUAGAUUCCAUGUGUUGAAUAUUUAAAAAGUAAGAAUUUCUAUUCAUUAGAUUAUCCCAAGUUAGGAUAUUGGACCUAUUUUUUUUUUUUUUUUUUUUUUUUACAGGCAGAGUGGAUAGUGAGAGAGAGAGACAGAGAGAAAGGUCUUCCUUUUUGCCGUUGGUUCACCCUCCAAUGGCCGCUGCGGCCGGCGCAUCACGCUGAUUCAAAGGCAGGAGCCAGGUGCUUCUCCUGGUCUCCCAUGCGGGUGCAGGGCCCAAGCACUUGG